AAAUAACAAGCGGGCGGGGCCGUGGGAGUGAACAUGGGCGGUGUCAUCGAGGAGAGAGGGAGAGAGAGGGAGAGAGGAAGGGAGAGGUAGGCAGAGGCAGAUGCAGGCAAGAGGCAGGCCAUUGCGUCCUAGCUAAGCUCCGCCCUCAACGCCGCCACCACGGCACCACCACCACCACCACCACCACCACCGCGGCACUACACAUGACCACCGCCGCCAGUGUAUUCUUGGCCGUCGGUGGGUGAGGGUGCGCGCGACCGUCCCUUUGGCGUCCUCGUGUUCAGGUUUCGGAAACACAGGAAAACUAAUUAACAGGUUCUACGGCGGGAAAGGUGCAAAAAGAAAGAAAAAAAAGGAAAAAAAGGAGGAAAAAAUAUAUGUACCACUUUUCUGUGUAUCCAUGUUUUGUCCAAUGAGUGACUGAGAUGACUGAAAGAAAGAGUUGGUGAGGAGGAAACGGAUAAAGAGGAAAGAAAGGCGAGGAGGAAAAAUAAACGAGGAAAUAAUUGAAGGAUAAGGAAUUGAAUAAAGAAACGAGGUGCUAUUUUGUGACAAGCAGAAAACGUGAGGAAGGAAAAUACAUAACAAAUCCACAUCAAUCAUCACAAACUAACCAGAAAAGAAAGAGGAAAUCAUCUAACGUAACAUUCCUUCUUGUGUUUCCUUUCCUUCCUUACUCGAGAAAUAAAGAGAAGGAAAGAAAGGAGGAAAGAAAACUAGAACAAACACACAAACAGGGACCCAAAGUGAGGUAGCUCCAUACCCUCCCAUGCUUGCCGUUCUGUCCUCUAAAUCUGAGCCCACGAACCCAACCCAGCGGUGACACACAAGCCCCGAAGAUGCCCUAAGAAGUGACCGCAAGGAUUCAGUGCUAUGUGGGCGGGGUCUGGCUGGCCUCACACCUGUUCCACCCGGCCACGCGACGCCCACACCCCUUCGGACAUGCUCAGCUGAAGGGGGUGUCGCCAUGGCCUCGCCCGGGCGGAAGGUGGCCCCCGGAAAGGAAACACUACACAAGAGUAACAGUGAUCCGGUUCGCCGUAUCCACCGCCAGUAUGUGAAGGGUCGGGGGUCGGGAAGCACGCCCGUCUCCCGCUGCUUCCUCAACCUGGAUGGCUACUCGUAUGUCAUAGUUGCCAGUCCGCCCGAGAAGAAGAAGGACUCCUCGGACGACCCAAGUGUUCCUCCGCCACCCACCAGCAAGAAUGGACAGCUCUCAAAGCAAGGGUCCCUCACCAUCCUUCGGCGCUCCAGCAGCAGGACUCUGAGCGGCCGGGGGGCUCGCCACUCCUCAGACGGCGAUCCUGCAGACAACGUAGACCUCCUGCAGGAUGCACUUCCCGCCGUGGACACGCCUGAAUCCUGUGAAAAGGCCGCCCUUAGGUUACGCGCCCUCCUCCGACACCUACAGGAGGGCGAAGUGGCGGUCGGGGUGCUGCAGAAGAACCUACAAUUCGCCGCUGAUGUUCUCGACACUCUCUACGUUGAGGAAACUAACAGGUCUGAGGCGACGAAGGAUCGGGCUAUUACCAUCAGUCUGGGACCCCCAACCAAGAAGGGGCGUCGUCCCCCACUCUCCGCCGUCGCACUUGCCUCCAGGCGCCAUGUCGGGGACGAGGAGGACGAGCUGUCGGAGGUGGAGCCUGACGCGGUGCCGCAGGAGGUGAGGGAGUGGCUCGCCUCGACCUUCACGCGGCAACUCAACACCUCGCGCAGGAAGACUGACGAGAAGCCAAGAUUCAGGUCGGUGGCUAAUGCUAUUCGCGCCGGCAUCUUCGUGGAGCGCAUCUACAGACGCCUCUCCUCCGCCACCUUCCUCCAGCUUCCCCCGGAGGUCACACGUAUCCUGAAGAGCGUGGACGAGUGGAACUUCGACGUGUGGAAGCUGCAGGAGGCGAGCGCCAACACGCCCCUCAGAUGCCUCGCCUACGAGCUCCUCAACCGCUACGGGCUCCUGCACAAGUUCAAGAUGCCGCCCGCCACGCUGGAAACAUUCUUGACGCAGGUGGAGAGCGGCUAUUGCAAGUACAAGAACCCCUACCACAACAAUGUGCAUGCCGCUGACGUGCUGCAGACCAUGCACUACAUGCUCUCCCAGACAGGGCUCAUGAACUGGCUUAACGACGUGGAGAUCCUGGCAACCCUGAUGGCGGCCCUGGUCCAUGACUAUGAGCACACGGGCACCACCAACAACUUCCACGUCAUGUCUGGCUCUGAGACGGCCAUCCUCUACAAUGACCGUGCCGUGCUCGAGAACCAUCACAUCUGCGCUGCCUUCAGGCUGUUGCGUGCUGAGGAACACAACGUGCUUGUGAACCUGUCACGGGAGGAAUACAGAGAGUUCCGAACGCUGGUGAUUGAGAUGGUGCUGGCCACCGACAUGUCCUCACACUUCCAGCAGAUCAAGGCUAUGAAGACCAUGCUGGCCCUGCAGGACACCAGCUUGGACAAGGCCAAGUCCCUCUCCCUCGUCCUCCACUGCUGCGACAUCUCCCACCCAAGCAAAAACUGGGCAUUGCACGAGCGCUGGACGACACAGCUGCUGGAGGAAUUCUUCCGGCAGGGUGACAAGGAGAGAGAGCUGGGGCUGCCCUACUCUCCACUGUGUGACCGAAACAACACAUUGGUGGCUGAGAGUCAGAUUGGUUUCAUCGACUUCAUCGUUGACCCAAGCCUUGGUGUGUGUGGUGACUUGCUAGACAAAGUGGCAGCCCUCUCCGUCCCUCCCUCCACCCCCACCAUUGCUGAGGAGCCUCACAACGAGCCUGGAGGCCCUAUCAAGCGUCCAGUGCGGCCUGGAGGUGUGGUGGGUGUGGAGGUGCGGCGGCCGUGGCAGGACUGUCUGGCCGCUAACAAGGCACGCUGGAAGGAGCGGGCCAUGAAAGAUGCUGAAAUCCGUGCUGAAAUGGCUCUCAGGAAUGAAAAAGUGAAUGGUGAGUCUGGUGAGGGUGAAGAGGAUGCCCCUGAGGACACCAUUGAGGAGGAAGAGGGGGAGGGGGGCAAAGGGGAGGCUAGUAAUGAAGAGAAUGGUGAGUAACUCGGGAAUGGUAAAGGAUGACCCAUGGUUCUGAAAAUACAAACUUAAUAAUAUUUCUGCAAUGUUUUCAUGUUUUUUUUUUUUUUUUCAGCUUCAGAAAAAUUUGUUUAAGUGAUCAUUCAAUACAGUGUCUCAACAGGUGUCUACAAUUCUGCACCUUA